UCAGGGGAACCACCACUCAAGGCACUACCACGCAAGGAACCACCACUCAAGGCACUACCACCCAAGGUACUACCACUCAAGGCACUACCACGCACGGAACCACCACUCAAGGCAUUACCACGCAAGGAACCAUCACCCAAGGCACUACCACGCACGGAACCACCACUCAAGGUACUACCACGCACGGAACCACCACUCAAGGUACUACCACGCACGGAACCACCACCCAAGGUACUACCACUCAAGGCACUACCACGCACGGAAACCACUCAAGGUACUACCACCACCCAAGGAACUACCACUCAGGGCACUACUACGCACGGAACCACUACCCAAGGCACUACCACCACCCAAGGUACUACCACUCAAAGCACUACCACCAUCCAAGGAACUACCACUCAAGGCACUCCAAAGUUCUCUAUUCAGCGCGAAAUUUAUGAAAUCCGAGAAAAUGCAAAAAUGCAAAAUCCUAAUAACCAGGGAGCUAUGGUUAAUGAAGGUCCUGAAGAUUACGACAUUCUAUUGUUUGACGAUGGUAUUAAUGAUGACGAUAACAAUGUCGCAACAACACCAGCAGUAGCCACAACACCAGCAGUAGCCACAACACCAGCAGUAUCCACAACACCAGCAGUAUCCACAACACCAGCAGUAUCCACAACACCAACACCGACUCCCUGA